AUGCCAAUUAAGCUCCCUAAGGGCUUUACGCGGCGGAAGUCGUCUGGAAAUGCUCUUGAGGAGGUGGAGAAUCCUCCUCCUCAGCCGUCCUUUCGAGUCUUUGAACGCCCGUCUGCGGACCGAAAAUCCUUAAGUGAAGGGAAUAUUUUCUCAAAAAGAGCAACUGGAGGCCAAGUUCUGUACACUCCCACGGAAGAGGAUGACAAUAUUUUCGCUGGAUCUGAGAAUUUACCACCAAAGCAUCGGAGCAACCCCGGAGGAUCAUCAGAGAGUUCUUCGUCUAUUCGAUUCAGCUCGUCAUCGGCGCCGCGCUCUUUGACAGACAUACCAGUUCAAUCCGACGCCCAAUCGCCGCACUCUCGAAACCUCCACGACAUACCCAUUCCCCCUAUAUCUGGUGCACUACGCGCAGCGGGGAGAACCUUCUCUUUUGGGGGAAGACUCUCAAAGGCCUCGCCUUCAAUCCCUCCCGCUCGACAGUCCACCCCUGGCCCGUCCAGGAACAGGGCGAUGACGUCCAGUACAGCCAGCACCGCAACACCACCAAAGCUGUUAGACGAUCUGAAUGUUGGUCAGCUCGGGGAUGAAUUUAGAAGUAUGUUUGAUGACCUCGGGAAGCGGGAUAGCGCACACAUUCCGGAGUCCACAUCUGCCGGGAACCCCUUGGACAUGUUACCAUCCGCGCACCCUUCACCCGCGGCUUCGCGGAAGGAAGAAAAAGUAUCGCGUCCGGCCCCCAUCAAUACGAAUGUGUCCAAGGAAAUAGAACCUUCCCCUUACUCCUGGGACAGUCGACACUCCGGAGAGGGCCUUCUCAACGCUAUGCAAUCCCCCGCGGAGGACUCCCCGAUUAGUCAGUCAGGUGUGCCGAAUUCUACCUCUAUGUUGCCUGAAGGACGGCGGAAAUCUCUUCCCUUGGCAACUGCUACGACUUCCCACCGUUCUCUGAUCAAGCCUCGGACGGGAGGAGACAAAGGACUAAGGAGAAGCGUCGUCUACUCGACGAAACGGGAUUCUACACCUAUCGAAGAUGAAGACGCUAAAUUAAUAAUGGACUCCCUUCAUUCAAGUAAAGGUGGGGUGCAUUUUGCGUCGACGUCGGAGCAUGAGGGCUCGGAUCACGAGCAUCACGCACCCCUCCUUUCUCACUCAAACACGUCCGCACUCAUGAAGUCUCCGAGCCUUUCAACGUCACCCGCAGAAAUACGACGUCAAUCGCCUCCAGUGGGGGAGAGCCAACUCGACCCUUCCAUUGCCGCGCACGCGCUACUGGCUGCUCAGUACGAGCAAAGCCAGCCGAAGCCCGGCACAUCGACGAAUAAAGUCAUGACGCCUUCGCAAUUUGAGCAUUAUCGGCAACAGCAAGAGCUCAGGAGAUCGAACAGUGACGCUUCCAAGAGUGAAGACUCGGCCGAGGGCGAUUUCGAUGAAGACGACGAGGUAGAGAAGAACCGGGAAGCUGAAAGGCAGCGACGGAAGCAGGAAGCUCAUCUAUCUGUAUAUCGACAGCAGAUGAUGAAAGUCACAGGCCAACAGUCUCCCGCACCGUCCCUUCGACCGGAACUGGACCACGCCAGCAAUAGUACGCCGAAUCUAACGAUUCAUCCAUCAAAUUCUGGCAACAGAUCGGGCAGCGGGAAGAGCAGCGAGGGUGACGAGGACKAGGACAUCCCGUUGGGAAUCCUUGCUGCACACGGUUUUCCAAAUAGAAACCGCCCCCCCAGUCGCUUGGCACCUUCAAGUUCCAUUCCGAAUCUUCGGGCCUCGUUCCAGCAGCCUUACGUCCAAUCUCCAGGCUCCGUCGCUGGCGACAAUGAUUUGACUAAUCGCAGCAGCUUACCUGUCUUUGCUCGAAACCUCCCUCGGGACCCCUACUACGGGGCAAGCUUAGUCAAUCCCCCGAACAGGGAGUCCUUGGCUUUUGGAGGUGGUGCGUCGGUGCAUGGGGGCCCCUCUACUUCGGCUGCAUUGCCUCCGGGUGGCUUGGUGGGCGUCAUCGCCACGGAAGAGCGAGCAAGAGCGUUGAGACGAGGUAGUCCGAAUACCCAAGCCGUAUAUGAGUUCCAGAACGGACUCGGAGCAUCAGGGGCAGCCACCCCAUCGGGCGGCAUCCCGAGACCUUACACGAUGAUGGGUAUGAAUCCCCCGAGUAUGAACCCCCCGAAUCUUCAGGCGGGGCUCUCUGCUACAGAACACGCGCAGAUACAAUUGUCACAACAGAUGUCCCAAAUGAUGCAGGUACAGAUGCAAUGGAUGCAGCAAAUGAUUUCGAUGCAAGGAGGGCAGACUCCGCCGCCGCAACCACUGAUGUCACCCGCAGGUUUUCCGCCAUCGUUGCCUGCCAAUGCAAAUUUGAGGCCUGCUUCCAUGCCUACAGCAGGACCGUUCAGUCCGGCACCUCCUACCUUCAAUGACCAAAGGACUCUAAGUAUGCUGGACCCGAAUGUCUCCUCUCGGCUCAAUGGCCCGGCGAUACCCUACCUUCCUGCUGGCAGCCGACCGGGCACACCGAUUGGCCAAGGUUAUGCACCGUCUAUUGCGCCAUCAGAACGUAGCAAUGUCGGCAUGGCACCUCGGUAUCGGCCUGUAUCGACGUUGCAGCCUGACCACGGAUCUGCGGCCUAUCCCUCGAUGGCCAAACAAUGGAAUGACGAAAACCAGAGAACAGCUUCCCCAGCGGGACCGCUCGCCAUGAAAAGUCCGUCGAUGCCAACUGUGACCGUCCGUCCCGUCUCUACCGACGGAAGACCGCAAUAUGAAAGUAAGAACGCUGUGCUAGACGACGAGGAUGAAGAUGAAGGGUGGGCCGAAUUGUUAAAGAAACGCGACAAGAAGAAAAGCAAUUGGAGAAUUAAGAAAGAAACGUCGAGUCUCGGAGACUUACUGAAUGUGGCGCAUUGA